UAAAAUGACCCGUGUCCGUCCAUGACACGUUGUUGCCAUAGUAACCAUCUGUGUUGUUCUACUACGGGAACUCAGAGCAGAGGAGGAUAAAACGGUUUGAUUUUGUAAGUUUGUUUAAGCCUCACGGAACAAGGAGUUAAAACUACAGCAACAUGGACCAAAGCACUCCUCAGCAAACAGCUCCUCCCGAUCUCAAGAGUAUUGAGGUCACGAGGAAGCAGUCAGAGCUCUUCAGUGGAGAAUGUAUGAGGCUGAUCCAAGAGACUCAUAAAGCAUCGAAACGCAUGCAUCAUAAUGACAACAUACAACUUGAUCAGAGGGUCAAAGACAUCCAGUUCCUGAAGAGGGAGUUGGAGCUGAAGUUGGAGGAGAUCAUUGAGGAGAUUGAUACCCUCACAGCAUUCCAGAGCAGAGUGGUGAAGGCGCUGGAGGCCUGCAAGGAGCCUCUGAGGGUCACUACUCUCUGUCUGGAGGAGAGGAUUAACCGUCCUACCACUGAGACCCGGCAGGAUGAGGUGAACAGAGAGCUGCAGAAGGAGGGGGAUGCUGCAGAGGGGGCGGCUACCCUCCUGCAGCGUGUAGUGGAGCAGAUCACUGAGCAGAUUCGACUGAACCAAUCUGCCAAGUACCAUUUAGAGGAAGAUCUGAAGGAAAAGUAUCAGGCUCAGUGCAUCGACCACACCUGCACCCUCAUGACCAUCAAUUCCAUCAAAAACCAGCUGGAGUCCAAAAAAACCAACAGUAUUUUGCCGAGCUCGGCAGUGACUCCUCAGCAGUGGGAGAACACCUCAGAGAUGAACAUAGCCAAAGCGGAGCGGCAGAAGACCAACUCGCUUUCACUACGGGCCUUCGCGGAGUCUGUCCUGGAGCAGACGGCUGCUGACAUGCAGAAGCAGGUCCAGGCUACAAAAGUAGCCUUUCAGCUGAACGUCAAUCAAAUCAAGUCUGCCAAGAACCAGAUGGAGGGUCAACUGAGCAAGAUUCUGUCGGAGUUUUCCAGCAUUCAGAGGAUCCGAGAGGAUCUCCAGGUGGCCAUCACACAGAAGGAAGAGUUCCUGAGUCUGGCCCAGGCCCGGGUGGAUUUGCGUCACCAGAGGCCUGACAGAGAGCGAUGUCACGAUCCGGCGCAGAUGCAGCUCCUCACUGAGGUCCAGCAGCUCAAAGCCCACAUCAGCAAACUGCGUGAGGCAGUGGCCCAGUCAGAGGAGGCACAGUGUGCUCUGGUUCGCUGCCAGCGCGAGUUGCAGGAACACAUCAACAUGAAGGCCACCUCUCUCUACGUCGAUGAGGUCACCUGCGCCCAGCACAGGGAGUCCAUUGUCAUACACAACUUCUGAACAGUCAGCAACAGGAGAGCUCUGCACAUGACUGUGGUUUCUUUCACAAUGCAGCAUUUAUAUGAAAUUAAGUUUGAAUUUUGUGAUAUUAUAUUUGUAGUAGUAUGGUCUAAACUGGGUUUGAAAUUUUUUUUCUUGAUUCAUUUUGAUUUGAUUUGAUUUGAUGAUUAUUCUGGCUUCAAUCCUAUUCUUUAGUUUGUUCCCCUCAUAAAAUAUAUAUCUCUCUCCAUCUAUCUAUAAAUACACAAUCACAAAUCUCAUUGGUGAAUUCAAAUUGUAUCUGCUGUUUGAUGUAGGAGUUCAUUAAUGAAUAAAAUAUCCCCAUAUUUAAUUUAAAGGUCCAGUAUAUCGGAUUUAGGGGGAUCUAUUGGCAAAAAUGAAAUGUUCUAUUCAUAUUGUCUUCAUUAGUGUAUUAUUAUUCCAUUUCCUUAGAAGGAGCUCUAUAGGAGCAGGUCCUCCUCCAUGAAGUCCACCAUAUUACUACACCGUAGGAACAUGGUGGUGCAAUAUGUACAUACAUACAUACAUACAUAUAAACAUACACACAAAGUAAUCAUAUAUAAGUACUUUAAUAUUUACCAUACAUUUGUUGGUUCUGUUCCAGUACAUUUCGUUACUUCACUACUUGAGAAAAUAUGUUUCUCUUUAGUUCAAAAAAUAAAAUAAAAUAAACAGCUAAUAUAAUUCAUUUCAGCAAGCCAGUAACAUUCAGCAAAAGAGAGCGGAAAGUUCAGAACAGCAAUACUAAAAACCAAAAGCUCUCCUAAAACCACGCCAUGUUAUGAUAAAAUAAUCUAAUGUAUAUUAAUGAUACACAUUGUAUCAAAAUUGAGCAGCAUAGUAAAGUACAGUAAAUGUAAAGCGACAAUCAUUUCAAAGGCACUUGCUGAAUCCUAAUUUUUCUCUUAAAACACACCAAUAAUAAUAAUGAGUAAAGCUGUCCGUACUUAUUCAUUACAAUCAUCAGUGUAACAUAUGAAGUUGUCCAUCUGACUGUGAUGCCACAAACAGUACUUCUACGGGAGGAUUACUAUAAAACUGAAGAAAUGCUGGUAGGUUAACGAGGCAGCAAGCUGAAAAUGAGUCAUAAGCAAUCUUCAAAAAGUCAAAGUUUUAUUUUAUAUAUCUAUGUUUUCAAGUUCUCCAGGAGCAACCACGUUUAUUUUACAAUACCAUGAGGAGAAAAUCUAAACUUAUACAUCUUUUCUUAUCUUCCUAGAACAGUCCACUCACACAGCAAAGUAACCUACUCUGUUAACCUACAAAUAUUUCAAUUGAAAAACAUUUAAAACCACAAAAAGGUCCAGCUUUCAAAACACAGCAAUCACUUCAGGAUAGGAAACAUAUUAAAUUAGAUCAUCUUCCGUUUUUUAAAGGAAUUCUUCACUUCAUAAAUUUGAAUUUCACUUCA